AUGUGAAUAAAAUCGUCCAGGUGAUCAUUUUAAAUUUGUCAUUGUACAAAUGUUGUUGUUUUUUGUGUAUGUUGUAAAUAAUUAUGAUUUCAUUUGCUGGUAUUAUCUUGUUUGAAAUCUUUGAAAUCAUUGUUUUUUAUACAUACAAUGUAUGCUUCUUUUUAUAUCAGAAGUAACAAACAUACUUCCUUAUUUCAAAAGGGGGAGGGAUGACAUGCUGACAUGUGUUCUAUAACAUAUUUAAUAACCAUGCGUAUAUCUCAAGCUUAAGACAUUUGACAGAAUGAAGUCACAUUUUAUUUUGUAAUCUUAUGAUAACACGUGUUUUCAAAUGCAGUGAACAAGAAUUCGGAAGGAUAUUAGUGAAAUAAAGUUGCGCUGGCGAUAAAUAUUCACUAAAAUGGCGUCAACUCCUGUUUACUGGUUUGAACGGAAAGAAAAUCGUAAUUGGGUGAAACUAGCAGUUGGAUUGAUUAUUACCAAAAGUGGACUUGCAACAUUCGAAGAACAGACAGUGGAAACGUUGAAAAACGACCAAGACCCACUAGGAAGUUCACUUGUUCGCGAUAUUGGACGGAAAGUACGCAACGCAUCAAAAUUUGAAGUCUCUGACGUUGAGAUUAAACAAUGCUUUGAGAACAUGCGAGCUUUAUUCACUGCACCACAACACCUAGCUGUGAAUGCCACUGCACAUGCUACCGUAGCUCAAUUGAACAAGUUGGAGACUGAACAAAUGCAGGUCAAACGCACGGACGUCAUGGAAGCCAUUAAUUUUAUAGAUGAACAACGCUUUAAAGAUGUCGAGAAUGGAGAAAGCAAAGCACUGCUCAUAUUUCAUUGUGCAGCCGAUAAAGCCCUUGCACGUGAAAUAGAGGUCGGACUUAAGUCCUUUGGAUGUUUUCCAAUAAUGAUGGAUAUAACGACUAUGGACAGGUUUGGUGUACAUGCCCUACAGCAUUUAGUUGAUUCGUGUCGUAUUCUUGGUCUGGGUUUGUUUAUUUUCACGAAUGAAACCAGUGACCACUUUCGGAAUUAUGCCAAGAAAGUAAUAUAUGGACUGCCUCCUGACAUGUCAAGUUUGAUAAUACUGGUUCUUCAAUCUAUUACAAAAGAGGAGCUUGGGAUAGAUGAGUCGUUUACAGGGAAGAUAUUUGAAUAUCAAGACAACAAUGAUUUCAACAUCAAGAGCAUUUCCCUUGCAAUAACCGGUGACGUAUCGGCAGUACUCAUAUUUCAUUGCUCAGCCGAUAAAACCCUUGCACAUAAAAUAGGGGUCGGACUUAAGUCCUUUGGAUUUGUUCCAAUAAUUAUGGAUAUAACAAAUAUGGACAGGUUUGGUGUACAUGAUCUAAAGCAUUUUGUUGAUUCGUGUCGUGUACUCAGAUUCGGAUUGUUUAUUUUUACAAAUGAAACCAGUAACCAGUUUCAGAAAUAUGCCAACAAUGCAAUGGUUCAACUUCCCCGGGGUUUAAUAACACUGGUUCUUCAAAAUAUUACAAAAGAGGAGCUUGGAAUUAAUAGAGCGUUUCCCGGGAAGAUAUUUGAAUAUCAAGGCAAAAAUGAUGUCAACAUCCAGAACAUUUCCUCCGCACUUAAGGAAAAAAAGUCUCAAACCAUUUUUUCAUGGAUCCAAGGCUUGUUCCCAUGGUCCAUGACUACACAUGUUGCGAAUAAAUACCUGUACACCAUAUAUGCAAAGUGCGAUUUCGAGCGCGUUAGAGUCGACACUGUUAUCAAGGAUGCAAUUGCAGGGGCAAGCGCAGUCGGAGGCAGCAUUGAUGGUGGUUACGAAUAUUCGCCACGGGUAUCUACUAUAUUCACACAAGCAGGAUUUAGGAAAAUUAUUCCAGAUGACCUUACGGCAAUCCAAUAUGAUACUACAGUCAUUGGAACAAUGUACAUCUGGAUCUACUACGUCGAUGAAAACAAUAUAUACCACUGGUUAUACUCGGGGCUAGGAAGGAGACCGGAUUGCGAUGUCUUGGUUGGACCGGAUGGCAAAAUACAUUAUACCAAACAUGGAGAAAUUUGGAUACAGAAAUAAGGGACUCGUACACAGAUUUUAUGUCGGCUACGAUUUCUAAUUUAACUGUGUUGAACAUAUGUUAUUUUACUUACUUUUAUGAGCAAACGACAAACAACAACUGUCAUUUUCUCUUUUGAAUAGAUAUUUGUAAAUCAAAGACUCAAAUCAUUCAGUUUUCAAUAACAUUACACACGCCUUUCAGCAAGAUGGCUCAUUUUUUAUCACAUAUUUAAAUAACUGUUUACAACUGAGCGUUAGUUUGAAUGACUCCCUUUAAAGCGUACGCAUAUUUGAACGUCUCGGAUAAUACGCUUUCUUUAGAUAUCAAAGGAUGUUAAACAUAAGGAAUAUUUGCUAAAGAAAUUUUGGGCGAAAUGCCUCAAAAAUAAUUUAACCGAUUUCAGUAGGAUAAUUUAUAUAAUAAAAAGUCACGUUAUUUUAAAAUGUACCCCUAUUUUCAAAGAAAAUCAUUUUUCGUUAUUACAGUUUUAUACAAAGUUGGUUUCUUGUGACUUUCUUUCACUACGUCAUAAAUACUAACGGUAUAAACUGACAUUACAAAGAUAAGUUGUAUUAUGUGAUAGCACUUGUGCCAUAUGGGUAUGACGAAAUUGAAAACACUCUUUGUAAUCUAACAUGAUAAAAUAAUCCUUUCUACGUGUUGUGUAUUCAACGGUAGCAAGCGGAUUUGUCCCUCACUAUCAUAUAUUUAUAAUAUUUCU